CGCAGAGGACGCUUCCGCCUCUCCUCUCGGGGGCUCUUCGCGGCUCCCGCGGGAUUGGGAUGCUGCAGCUGGCGGUGGGUCGCGGCGUUUCGGCUCCCGCUAGACUCCUGUCUGGUUCCACGAUGCCUAAGAAAGCCGGCGCGACGAGCAAGGGUAAAAACCAAACCAAGGAACCAGAGACACCACUUCCUCCCACAGGGCCUGUGGCAACUGAUCCUAAAGGCUGUGUCACCAUCGCCAUCCAUGCCAAACCUGGCUCUAAACAAAAUGCUGUGACAGAUCUGACCACCGAGGCUGUUGGCGUGGCGAUCGCAGCCCCUCCAUCCGAGGGAGAAGCGAAUGCGGAACUCUGUCGGUAUCUGUCCAAAGUCUUGGAGCUCAGGAAGAGUGACGUGGUUCUGGAUAAGGGUGGUAAAUCUCGGGAAAAGGUGGUGAAGCUCUUGGCCUCUACGACUCCAGAAGAGGUCUUGGAGAAACUGAAAAAGGAAGCUGAAAAAAAAUAAAGGCAAGAAAUGAUAA